CGCCGCGCACAGGAAGUGGCGGCGGCGCCGAGGCGGAGGGCGGCGAUGGGGGCCCGGGGCGGCGGGCGCCGCACUCGCUGAGGCCCGACGCAGGGCCGGGCCGGGCCCAGGCCGAGCGCUGCGGCCGCGCGCUGCGGACGCGAGGACCGCGACCAGCAGGUGGAGUGCAGGCGCUGGGGUCAUUCAGUAACCAGAGCCUCUGGAGGAAAACACCUGUCCACGGUGGGCCACCAGGAGUACUGGAGCAGUUGACCCCAGGUACCUUCGUCAAGAGGAUUGUGAGCACUUAAGCUAGGUCCGACACCCUUGAGGACAGCCAUCCCCUGGCCCUGUUACCCUGUGCCUUGGACGGCUGUUCUCAGUGAAGGACCGUGCGCCCGCCCCUGAGCAGCGACCAUGGGCCUGCUUGCCUACCUGAAGACCCAGUUCGUGGUGCACCUGCUCAUCGGCUUCGUCUUCGUGGUGAGCGGGCUGAUCAUCAAUUUCACACAGCUGUGCACACUGGCCCUCUGGCCCAUCAGCAAGCACCUGUACCGCCGCAUCAACUGCCGCCUGGCCUACUCGCUCUGGAGCCAGCUGGUCCUGCUCCUGGAGUGGUGGUCCUGCACGGAGUGCACUCUCUUCACCGACCAGGCCACCGUGGACCACUUUGGGAAGGAGCACGUGGUCGUUAUCCUCAACCACAACUUCGAGAUCGACUUCCUCUGUGGGUGGACCAUGUGCGAGCGUUUUGGCGUGCUGGGGAGCUCCAAGGUGCUGGCUAAGAGGGAGCUGCUGUACGUGCCUCUCAUCGGCUGGACAUGGUACUUCCUGGAGAUCGUCUUCUGCAAGAGGAAGUGGGAGGAAGACCGGGACACUGUCAUAGAGGGACUGAAGCGCUUGGCUAACUACCCAGAGUACAUGUGGUUUCUCCUGUACUGCGAAGGGACACGCUUCACGGAGACCAAGCACCGCAUCAGCAUGGAGGUGGCCGCCUCCAAGGGGCUGCCCCCGCUCAAGUACCACCUGCUGCCCCGGACCAAGGGUUUUACCACUGCAGUCCAGUGCCUCCGGGGCACAGUUGCAGCUAUUUACGAUGUGACGCUGAACUUCAGAGGGAACAAGAACCCGUCUCUGCUGGGGAUCCUCUAUGGAAAGAAAUAUGAGGCAGACAUGUGUGUGAGGAGGUUCCCCCUGGAAGACAUCCCAUCAGAUGAGACCGGCGCAGCCCAGUGGCUUCACAAGCUGUAUCAGGAGAAGGAUGCCCUGCAAGAGAUGUACAAGCAGAAUGGUGUGUUCCCAGGGGAGCAGAUCAAGCCCCCCCGAAGGCCAUGGACCCUGCUGAACUUCCUGUGCUGGGCCACCAUCCUCCUCUCCCCCCUCUUCAGCUUCGUCCUGGGCGUCUUUGCCAGUGGAUCCCCACUCCUCAUCCUGACAUUCCUGGGGUUUGUGGGAGCAGCUUCCUUCGGAGUACGAAGACUUAUAGGAGUGACUGAGAUAGAAAAAGGCUCCAGCUAUGGCAACCAAGAGCUUAAGAAAAAGGAAUAAUUAAUGCUGUGAUUGAACACCCAUAACCUGACGCGGUAUCCAAUUAACUCAAUUAAAAACAGAACACACAAGAGCGAGGGAAAGAGACACUUAGAGACUAUUUUUCUUAUUAACUGGUGACUAAUAUUAACAAAACUUGAGCCAAGAGCAAAGAACUCAGCCUGCCAGGUGAAGAUGCUCAGCCAGCACUGGCAGGGUCCCAUCGGCCCUCUGCGGGGACAGAGGCGGGCUUGGGGGAGGUGGUGGGACCGUGGGCUCCCCAGAACUCCACCUCCAAGAGGCAGCCUUGGCUGCUCUCCCUUCUUAAACGUAGAAUGAGGCUUUUGUUUCUUUUCAGUUAUUUAGGGAACUUAAUCUGGCCUCAACCUUGUGCCCUCCCUGCACCCAGAACACUGGCUCUUCAUGGGUGCCACUGUCCUCAUAGGGGCAGGUCAGCUGGAUCCUGGUCCUGUGGAGCUCAUUUGUCCUGCCCUGCUUGGCACCUUGGCUUCUAGCCCGGGGGGGAGGAAGUCUUCUUAGAGAUAAGCACACAGUGAAUGUAGAUCUGGCCCCUUUGCCCCCCCUGGGGGCUGAAGACCACCCCUCCAUCCUCUGCAGCACCAUUGGCACUGCCUCUCUGCGGGCCGGGCCUAAGCACCUUAAGUCUCUUUAAAGCGAACGCCCGAGAACUCUGCAGAAUGUGGAAUCCUUGACUUCAUACAGCUCCAUGGUCCCGCUCUUCCUCUGUAGCCAGCAGGCCGUGGUCCUGCGCAGGGCCAGAUGGGAAGACCACUCGGGCCCCACACCUCAGAGCCAUGGUGCCUGGGGAUGGAGGGGGGAGUUCCAGCCCAGGGGACUCCCCUGGACCAGUCUUCAGGAGGUGGUGUCACCAUCAGGCCUCCUUAUUCUCAGUCAGACACCUUUAGUGCUGGUUAGCAUUAGAAUUUCUUUUUACACGUUGUUCUGUGGCUGGCUCGCAGCUUCUCCCUGUCCUCCUCCUAUUCUGCCUCUGUCCAGGCAGGUGUCACGGCUGGCCACCAUACCCACUGUUGCCCCAUACCACCUCAGUGACAUAGGCUGUCCUGGCAGAGAACAGGGGUCCUCUGCCUGCACUUAGUGCCUUGCCAGGGUCCCCUCGGCUGGCUCUGGAGGCGCAUUUUCCUUCUCACUCAGUGCAGGAAGGCCUGCCUGGUUUCUGGGAGACCUAGGUCCUGAGGAAAUACCACCAUAUACUUUUACCUUCUGUCUGGAACCUACACUGGCUCUCUUAAAGUCAUUUCAUGUUUUCUAACAAGGAAAAAUCGGGUAUUUUAUCUGGCAUCCUGCAACCAGAGUUCAGAGUAAAGGCAGAGAAGAUUCGUAGGGUACACUGGAAGAAGGAGGCCUGGAGAAGCCUGAGAGCAGAUCCGGGUCUGCCUGCAUGGUCCCUGGUGAUGGGGACCUCAUGAGGCAACAUGCCCAAUUUACAGAAGAUGCUACUGGCCUCUGAGGUCCGCGCACAGUGGAGGACCACUCCUGUCGCUCCUGGGUGACAGCAAGACACAUGGCUGCUUGUAAGGGUGAAGGGUUGAGUCAGGCAAACUGAGACCCUGAGUCUCUUCCCCUCCAGCUGAAGGCUUGCCUUCCCUGGCCUUUACCAACUGUGAGCCAUCUUGGGCACUUCUGAGGGCCAGCUCCCUCCCUGGUGGGUUUUCUUUCUGCCUUUCUGUCUGCUUAAGGUCUCUGUCUUCCCCCAUUCACCGUCCCCUCACAAACCAGAAGGAAACAGGCCAGUGGGCCCUGCCAUUGCAUGCACCUGGCCUGGGAAAAGCAAGCUCAGGCCUCUACCACUUCACUAAUGCCUCUGGCUUCCCACAGAAACCCUGAGCCUUUGAGGUCAGCUGACUGUUCUGUCUGUGAAUGAUUUGGGGAAUCCAAGCUGCAGGCUUUGCCCUCCUAGACCUCCCCCUGCUUCACCAUCUAAUACAGUGCUUCUGAGAGCAAUAAAAACUACACUAGGAAUGUGGGUGUGGGUUUUUGGGGUUUUUUGGGGGUGGGGUGGGGUCAGAUUUUGCUUUUCAUUUGCUUCAGAAGGAAAGGGGGAGGAGAGCCCCUUUGAUUUUUCUAUUAAAUUAAUAAAUCUCAGAAUAAUGCUUUUUCUCUUUUUCCUUCACACCCUACUACUGAUAGGCAUGGCUGAUGUCAUGCUCAGAUUCAGAGGAAGGUUCUGCUGAAGCAGCUUGCUAGUCUUUAGGGAGCCCAUGCUGGAAGCAGUGGGCUCAGGAGCCAGAGGCAUUCUGAAACUGGAGUGGUUGGUUGGUGGCCUCGGGAGGAAGGGCCUGGACUGCUAAACUGGCUCUGCUUCAGGUUCCCCAGUAGAGGGGCCCCCACAAGUUCAGCUCAGACUGGGACAUGUCUCCUUACCAUUCAACGCCCAAGAGCCAGAUAUUUGAGGGUGCCUGUCAUCUCCCUGAAAAACCCUUGCCCUGUCCAGGUGGUCUCCUACCCCUGGUCCCUGGCCACACCCACAUACCUCAUGCAGGCCUCUCUGAAGCUGUGUUGGACUUCGGCAGUGGCUGCCAUUCUCCUGACUGCCUGCGGCUUUUCGUGGUGCCCACAAAGAGCAUCUAAGGGGCUGUGUUGCUCUCUCUCUCUUCCUCCCUCCCUCCCUCUUCCCUUCCCUCCUCACCUCUCUGAGGGCUUUGUGCUAGCAUCCCAAUCAGUGACCACCCUGCAAGAAGCAGGAGCAGCAAGCUAGGAAGGCUAAGUGGUCAGAAUGUGGGCAGUUCAGAGGUGAGGGACACUCUGCUUUUGACAAGUCCUUUAACCCAUAGGACGAGGCCACCUGCUGGGUAUUUGGUGACUGUACCCAUGAGGCUGUAAGCCCUGUCCUCAGGAAACAGAGAUGAGCUCUAAAUAUGCAGGCUGCUUGGUAACAUACUUGGCAACAAUGUAACAACAUGUUCUUGUAGGAACAAGGCAGGUGUCUUCACAGAUGCCUUGACUGCCCCUCCCUCCCAUCUUGUGCACCUUGCCCUGAUGAUGUUUUCUGCCUCUGAUCUAGUCCAGCCUUCAUACCACCUGAGGAAAAGUCAGGGUUUAGACCCAGCAGUGGGAUACACUCACGAGCAGUUCAAGAGAUGUCAGGAGAGCAUCCACACCCACCGUGACUACCAAUUUGUGUCUGGUUCAGGAUGAAGAAUUAAGUGGCUCUUCCUGCAUGUUGCCCUGUCUCUGCCUGAGACCUUAUAGGACAAGCCAAAGGUAGCCUUUCCGGCCCUGAUGACUUGCACCUCAGUUGUUUGUCCCACACAUAGACCAACCACUAGGUAUGCAUGUGACUUAGUGCUAGCCAUUUGGUGUGGCUUCUAGCCCUCUGCAGUGUCAUGAGGCUCAGGGCUAGAAUGGCACACCUGCUGCCUGCUGCCUUCUUUCUAGAAACAUCUCUGGCCUAUGGGCCAGCCCCAAACCAAAGGUACCUGAGCCUGGGUGAGGGCACCCCUGACCUGCCUCGGGCCUUGUCCCAGAGCCUUGCCAACAGGGCUGUCAGGUGGGUGCUGACACUCAGGUCCCAGAUCCCUGUAUUACAGGGGCCAGGAUUUGAAAAUGCAGGUUCCGGCUCCGGGUGAUCUGCUUGGCUGACAGGGUGGACACAUGAAUCAAAGUUUAUUACAGGCUUUUGGAAUCAGUUCAUUCAGGGGAACGGUGGUACUCUUAGAAACCACGCCAAAAACAAACCAACCAGAGCACUCUGAGGAGCCACUGGAGAUGGUGGCAUGGUUUCUUCACAUGCAAGCGACCUGUGAAACUGUGAACUUUGUACAGACAGGUCACCUGGAGUUUUCUUUUUUUCCUUAGCUUACUGAUUUCUUUCUGUUGCAAAAGUGUUGGGACAGAAGCGGAACUGUGAAGGAGAACCUGAAAUGCACUAAAUUGUAUUCUAUUAAACUGGAGUUACUUGAUUCAAUGAAGAGCCGAGCUGCUCUACUUGUAUUUAUUGUCUCAGAGUAGUAACGUCGUGACAAUCAAACAUGACUUGCCUCAAGGCCUGUACCUCCUGGCUUCUGUACCAGCGAGUCCUAGAACUACAGGAACGGCUCUUACUGGAAGCCACACAGAUCAUGGACUUUAAUGAUCGAAUGCUUCGUGGGCGGGCGGACAUCUGGGCUUCUUUUCCUAUUGCUGAGAAAUUGCCAUAUCUGACUGUGGGCAGUCUCAAAGGGAUGCUUUGUCUACAGGGUGCAACUGUGUUACACGGAUGUUUCCUUUUGUACACUUCUUUUUACAAGUUUGCUAUUCACAAGCUUUCUGUGGUAAGGAUGGGAGUCUGUGCUCUAAGGAAGACAUCCAGGUCUGGGAGCUAAGCUAUACUUCCCUGGCCUGGAUCUGCCGCCUGGCUGUGUCGACUGCUAUGCAAGGCUCUCUGUCCACAGCAUGUGAAAGAUCCCUCAGGCAGCGUGGCAUUCCUGCUUGGUGGUACUUUCCAGGUAAAAUGCAUACGAGUCAUACUUGUUUAUUAUAUUGUCGUGAACAAGGGAUAAAAUGUCCACAAUAUAUGAAGAAGUGACUCUC